UAUAUACAUUUUAUUAUGUUAAGAGUGAACUUGUUGAUAAAUAUUCCCACUGUGCAGGGUAAAUGCGUCAGGCUGUGCGCCAUCUUCGUGGUGUCGGGGUUGCUGUGUGUGACGUCCCUGGGUUGGGUCUUCACCCGCUCCUCCACCACCGCCCACCUGCUCGAGAUGAUGAUGAUGGUGCUGACGGUGCUUCUGGUGUGCUGCGUGGUGGAGACCUGCUGUAAGCCCCUCGACGAUGUCCCUCAGAGCAGAGCCUCCGUCGGCAGCAGGGGGUCGCACUCCUACACAAGAGACCCGCUGGUAUACGCUGAGUCUCCCCCGUCGUAUGAAGAGGUUCUGGCUGCAGAAGCCCUGGAGCCUCCCUCCAGUACCUCACAGGAGGACCAGGCUGCUGGCAAGACUAUACCCGGCACUUUGCAACACUCGCCGACGCCUAAACCUUUCGUCCUGCAGGAUACUGCUGUCUCUGGUUCCUACCAACACAGUUCCGUCCCGCGGAGAUAUUCUCCUUUCAUCCCAGAGUCAACGUAUUCAUACAGUGUAUCUAGUGAGAUCCAGUUGUCAGUGGACGAGCUGCCUAGCUACGAGGAAGCUGUGACUGUGUUGCAGUCUGGGGCCAGCGCUCAACAUCAAGUCAACACCAACCACGACAUGAAUUUGAUGUUUAUAUAGCGGUUGCUUCUAUAAUAUAGCUUUUUUAAAAUGACUGCUUUAGUGAAAUCAAUCGUGUCUUGAAUGUGACACGAAUAUCACUUUUGUGAUAACUGUGAUGUAUAACGUUUGUGAUAAUGUGAUUGAAUAAUGACACUAUAGCUUGAUUCAAUCAAUCAUCAGAAUAUAUUCAUGACAAUCAUGAAAAUAGCUUCGGAAACUAUAUUAUACUCAUAAGCGGAAAAAGAGAGACCCACCCUAAAUAUACAGAAUGACGACUUUCCUACUUUGUCUACACUCAGAUCCAGAUCUCACCAAACAGCACCAGAUAAUGACGACGUGAAAAAAAAUUGAAUACAAUUCCCCAAGGCUAUGACGGGGCGCGAACCCCGACCCUAGCUCUACAGAGUUCUCCUUGCCCACUGCCUUACCCAAUGAUUAAUUGGUCCCUUUCCCUCAUCCACCUAUUCCUUACCCUAUGUUUGAUUGCCUCUUUAUUCCUUCGACCCUUCACCUCACCUCACCUCACACAACUUCAUCUUUCCCACAUGUUCAUUUAAGCCAAAAAUUCCACCUUGUGUAUUCAUUCUAUACCUGAAGAUGUUCCAGAGUGGAACGAAACGUUCUAAAAAAUAAAUCCUUCAAUAA